AUGGAGUUUUCAGAUUAUACGGAUUAUAAUAAAUUUGAAUAUAAUGAUCCUGACAAAGAAUAUGAGCUUCUUGACGAUGAAAACUAUUCUACAUCUUCAACAAUUCCAGCAAAUAAUAAUGGACAAAAUUAUGAGGAGUUACGAAAGGAUAUAAAAUUGGGAUGUUUAACUAAACCGCCAAACAUUGUAAACUUAGAACCUGGUGGUAAUCCUAAUAAUACAGAGAAUAUUCAUACGGCAGCUAGAAGGUAUUAUAAUGAUAUUAGUAUGGUAAUUACGAUUAUCAGCUUCAAAAUCUUUAUGCCUUUGCGCCACUUUUUCCGGAAUAAUUAUGCACAAUCAAUUACCCAUUUUAUAUCAACUGUUGGAAAGGAUGUAGGUUUGCAGAAUAUAAUUCGACAUGUUAGUUCUGUUAACCUUACACGCCCCGGCCACUAUUUCGCCUUCGAUGAGGAAUUAGAACGGUUUGGUGUGAUGUACGUUAAACAAAAUAUUGGAUCAGCAAAGCAAUCUAUAGAUGAACUAAAAUUACAAAUAAUGUCAAUACAGGCAGAACGUGAUCGUUUAAACUUCUUAGUGAAUAUGUUGGCGACAGUUCUUCAACAUCAACAAACCGCAAUAUAA